GCCAACCCGGUCCAAGCCGAGCAGCAGCAGCCAGCCUCCUACGGGAGCAGCUUGUCCUCCAACUUUUCUUCUCCAAUUCUGGAGAAUAAGAUUUUAGCUCAGCACUCCGUGACGAUGGCUCAAUCUUGCUCUUCGAUAAAAAACUUUGCAGGGCAGUCUCCAUCUUGUGCAUCUCUACAGCCCUCCAGACUGUCCUCCACCUCCUCCUCCCUCCUCUCCACCUCCUCCUCUGCAGCUUUCCUCACCUCACCCCUCCUCAGCACCGAGAAUAAGCUUCUCACUGAUUUACCUGCUCUUUCCUUUCCUUUGACCUCUUCUGUCACCAAAAAUGCUAUGCUGUCCACAUCUCUGGGCAGCAGUGGUCAGCUCAGCUGCCUUGCUAACCCUCCCUCGGUACUGCAUCCUGGUCUGGGAGGAUUACAGAAGCAGGAUGAUGGAGGGGAUGAAGACAAAAAGGAAGUAUCUGAAGACACGAUGUCUUCUUAUGAAGGAACCAGUGUGGUACAUGAGAAUUUUGUUAAAUCAAAUAAGCUCAACUGCUAUGACUGUCGUUUUUUUAGCAUUAUCUUUGAUGUUAUUGACAUGUCUGCUAAUCAAUCUGAUGAACAUGACGGUUCGCCUGGUGAUGAGAUGGGGGAGGCGGCGGCCGAUGCCGGGACAGCUAUGGAGCUGCCCGUCCUGGACAUGGAAAUGAGCAACCAGGACCUUGAAAAUGCAGUGUUUGUCAGACAAAAUGAAUUUGCCGGAAUUGAUAGAGGAAAUAAAAAAUCGGAGGAGGAGCUAAAAGAUAAAAAGUAUAAUCUGCUAAAUGCCGUGUGCUGCUCCCUGGUCCAUCAGAGCAAAGCUCCUGGCCAAGAGGAGUGGGACUCAGAAGACAGUGUCUGGACCACCAUCAUAGGCCUGGCCAAGGACAUUUCUGACUCUGAUCCACAGUUUCUUCUCAAGGUGGCACUUUACACCAGACAGGAGUUAAACAUUCGCAUCACUGCAAACUUCUUAUUGGCCCUGGCUGCCAAUCUGCCUCUAACCAAGCCUCAUGUGCGCCGGUUCUUCUGCGCUGCCGUGCAGCUGCCCUCUGACUGGCUGGAAGUGGUCAGAAUCUACAGUACAUGUUUCAGCCGCUCUCUGCCCAUGUGCAUCAAGAAAGCAAUGGCUGACAAGUUCAAGCAGUUCAGCGAGUAUCAGCUGGCCAAAUAUAACACACGCAAACACCGCUGCAAACACAGCAAGAAGCCUAAAAGAAAGAAACCGAGUGAAGAGCAGCUGAAACAGUGGGCGACCCUGCUCCGAUCCGACGCCUCCAUUCUGAAGAAGUUUGUGGAAAGCAAGGCGACGGUGGUGGACAAAAAGCAGAGGGAAUUCAGCAUGAAGAAGCUGAUUGAGAAGCUUCACAUUAAGGAACCUGCCGAACAUGUUAUGGCCAUUCUUGGUAGGAAGUAUCCCGGCGACGUGAAGGCGUUCACCCGCAGUGGAAUGAAGGGGACAUGGGAUCCAGACAAAGCCGGCCAGCGGAUGAAGCUCAAGGAGCCACAGACGUGGGAACGGCUGCUCAGCGCUGAGGGCAACAACGCCGCCACCUGGGAGAAGCUCAUAGACGAUAAGUCUCUCCCAUUCAUGGCCAUGCUGAGGAACCUGAGAAACAUGAUCACCGAAGGCAUCAGUGAGACGCAUCACAGGAAGAUCCUGAGCAGACUGACCAAUCAGAAAGCAGUGGUUCAGAGCAGGCAGUUUCCCUUCAGGUUCCUCGCUGCUUACAAAGUCAUCAUGGAGCUGCACACUUUGGCCUCUGUGACGCAGAACGCGAUGCCCGCCAACAAAGACAUCCUGCUGAGCGUCCUGAGGAAGAUCCCCCUGGGCAAACGCUUCAAAAAGCAGGCGUGGGACAAGUGUGCGAAGAGCCGAAUGAAGGCGACGUUGAGGGUGCCGUCAAUCUACCGAAUGUACCAGAUGAAGAAGGCCCAGCACCUAAAAAAUCAGAGGAAGUUCACCGUGGAGCUGUUGGACCACUACCGCAGAGCUCUGGAGACGGCGGUUCAGAUUUCCUGCCGUUACAACGUGCCCCCCAUGCCCGGGAAAACCAUCGAGGAGGAGGAGGAGGAGGAGGAGGAGCAGGAGGAGGAGGAGAAGGAGGAGGAGCAGGAGGGCAGGAGUGGCAGAGGAAAGAGGAAGAAAGUGGAGGACCUGGACAAACUGACUCCCUCUUUAAUGGAGGUGGGAGCUCUGCUGGCUCUGAUGAUCGGCAGCAGCGCGGAGGACUGUCAGCUCUGCUUGUUCAGCUACUCCAACUGUGCAGAGGUGGAGCUGAAGUCCGACGUCCUCCUGGAGAACGUCCGAAGUGUUGUGAAGCAGGCAGAGACAUUUACCGAUCUUUCAGACGACAAUCAAGACAACAGUUUCUUUCUCAGAAUGUUCUCAAAGAAAAACAAAGUGGACAACAUCAUUGUGGUGUCUGACUACGACUCCACUUCUAACAUAGGCUGGAACAUCCAAACCUACAAGAAGGAUGUGAACAACAAAGCCCUGGUGGUUGAAAUCAACUUGGAGCGGACUAAUCAGAAGGAAAUAAAAGACAGGAACUGGGUGUUUCUAGGAGGGAUGAGUGAGCAAAUCCUGAGGUUUGUGGCUGAGCGGGGAUCUUCCAGACUUCUGGAUCACGUGGAGAACUUGGACAGGUUAUACAACAUCCCACCACCAGAGGGCGCUAAAGCCCCACAGUCCCAAAACAGCCUUCUUUCAAUACCAGACAGCCCCAAAUUAAGGUGGCGAGGUGUGCGGGUGUUCAUCUCCUCCACCUUCAGAGACAUGCACGCUGAGCGGGACGUCUUGGUGCAGAGCGUCUUCCCAGAGCUCCGCCGCCGCGCCGCUCCGCACGGCCUCUACCUCCAGGAGGUGGAGCUGCGCUGGGGGGUGACGGAGGAGGAGUCGGAGAGAGCCACGGAGCUGUGUUUGUCGGAAGUGUGUCGCAGCCAGAUGUUGGUGGGGAUUCUGGGGCAGAGGUACGGGCAGGUGCCCCCCAGACCGGUCCUCCCCGACCUGCCGCAGUACAACUGGCUGGACAAAGCCCCAGCACACCUGUCCAUCACAGAAAUGGAGAUCCGUCAGUUCCAGGCGCUUUACCCGGAUACGGUGCACCAGCGAAUGCUCUGCUACUUCCGAGAUCCGAACAUUGUCAAAUCGGUCCCUGUGGCCUGGAGGUCACAUUUUGCUGCCGAGUCAAAGGAAGCAGAGGAUAAAAUGAUGGCGUUGAAGAAAAGACUUGUGGACAGUGAAGUCAAAGUAACUCAAAACUACUCGUGUGAGUGGGGAGGCGUUGUGGAAGGGAAGCCGUAUCUAAAAAACCUGGAGGAGUUUGGGAAGGCAGCCCUGGAGGACCUUUGGGUGGCUGUUAAGAAGCUGUUUGUAGAAGAGGGAGCGGAGGCUGAGGCCGCGUCGGAGGUGUUGGAGCAGGAGCUCCACCAGGGGGCGCUGGAGAGGCAGUUCUUCGGCAGGGCCAAGCUGCUGUCGGGUGCCGUGGAGAUGGUGCAGCAGACCCACGUCAAGGGGGGGACGGUGGUGAUAGAGGGAGCAUCAGGAGAGGGCAAAACCGUCUUCAUGGCUGCUCUUGCAGAUGCCCUCAGAACCGGUUUUAAGUCCAGGAAAGAUCUCAAGUUUGACGUCAUCUCCUACUCGACUGCUGCCAGCCAGUCGGCGCACUCUGUGGGAAACCUCCUGCGCUGCGUCCUUCAGUGGCUGAGGAAGAGGAAACCCACAGAGGAGCCGCCGCCUCUCCCCCACUCCCACAGAGACCUGCUGUCAGAAUUCAACUCCCUGCUGAGCGGAGUGGAGAGGAGCUCGCCGCUGGUGCUGCUGGUGGACGGCGUGGAUCUGGUCCGGGAUGGCAGAGGACAGCUCAGCUCCGACUGGAUCCCACAGCAGCUCCCACCGGGUGUGUGUUUGGUUCUCAGCAUCUCGUCCAAAGCAGCUCUGCUGCAAACUCUGGCCAAGAGAAAAGGGACCGUCCUGUAUUCGCUGGGACAGCUCACCAUGCCGGACAGGAAGGAGAUCGUUCAGAGGGAACUGGACGCCUUUGGGAAGAAACUCAGUGACUCUGCCUUCAACAACCAGCUCCAGACAUUAAUCACAAAGAAGGGAGCAGCGAGUCCUCUGUAUCUCCACCUGGCCUGUGACGACCUGAGGAGCUUUGCCUCCUUUGACAAGUUGAAGGAGAGCCUGCAGGGCUUACCUCAGUCUCUGAGCCAGCUGGUCCACCACAGCCUGGAGAGACUCUGCUCGCAGCACAGAGGCAUGAUGGGACUCCGCUGGGCUCUGGCUGCUCUCACUGUCAGCGCCACCGGCCUGAAGGAAAGAGACUUGUACUCUGUUCUGAAUACGUGCAAUCAGCUGUCUGUACAGGGCAGACAGGUCACCUGGCAGGAAGCGCUGCAGCUGUCCAGGAAGCCCGGAGCCCGCAUUCCCAUGGCCACUUUCACCCACGUAGUUCAGAAUUUACAAAGUCUGAUUGGUCCGUCUCAUUGCCACGACACCGAUGACCUGCUGCUUCUCAGUAAUCCGGACGUACAGCGAGCCUUUGAGGAUUCCCUCCUCCCGACCGAGGCAGACAAAACCAGAGCUCAUCUCAUACUGGCAGCUCAUCUGUGGGCGAUGGCUGACCCUCUGGGAGAAGAUACCUUCCUUCACUGUGAGGCCAACUCAGUCAUGGCCCUGCCCUCCAGCCUGAUUCAAAGUGGACAACUGGAGGCACUUCAUUCCCUGCUCUCCAACUAUUAUUUCCUGUAUGCUGGCGUGAGCCACGGGCUCGUGCACCACCUCAUGGAGACGUACAGCCUGUAUGAUAAGGAGCAAACAUCUGCGCCCUGGCUUGGGCUCCAGGGCCUUCUUGAAGACUGUCGUGGCUUCCUGAGGCGCCACGCCUCCACGCUCGCUGCCUGGCCGGCUCUUUUCAUUCAGCAGGCUUUCAAUGAGCCUCCGGAGACCUCCGCCCACACCUGGGCUGAAGCCCUGGUGGGAAAAGGAGGAGCCCCAGUGGUUCAGUGUCUUAACAACAACACGGUUGUUCAAGAAGUCAGUGAGCUGGUGUCCACCUUCCCGUCGGAGCCCACCUGCGUGGCGGUGAGCUCGGACCAGCAGAUGGUGGUGGUCGGUACGGGAGGGGGGACGCUGCACGUCAUCCACGCACAGACUGGACAGGAAUUGAAGUUGUUGGUGAGCAGCUGUGACGGCAUCUCCAGCUGUGUUUUUCUGAAGGAUGCGUGCCUCGCUUCCACAUCUUUUGAUGGCCGAAUCGAAGUCUGGGACACUGAGAGUGGAUGCAGGACGGCUCUGAUUGAGGGACACACUAACACAAUCACAGCAGCUGGCAUCACUCCAGACAGGAAGCACCUCGCCACCGUGUCCCUGGACUUCAUGCUUAAAGUGUGGACUUCUAAUAAAGGUAACGAAGUGGCCUCGCUGCCCAGCACCAGUCCUAUGAACUGUGUGACCUUUGACCCCACGGGUCACCUGCUGGCCGCUGGCUGCUGGAACGGAAAGGCCCUGUGCGGCCAUCUGCGAUCGGUGCGCAGCCUCUGCUUCUUCCCCUCCUCCCCCCUGCUCUGCUCCGGCUCCGUGUCCGGGGAGGUGCGGGUGUGGUCCGUGCCCACCUCCACCUGUGUGGGAUGCUUCCAGGCUCACUGCGGAGCUGCAGACGCCCUCGCCUUCCUGGAGGAAGGAGCCAUGCUUCUGAGCGCCGGCUCGGAUCACACGCUUCAGCUCUGGUCUGGAGGACUCGGACGUUCUGUGGCUGUGAUAAAAAGUGAUGAUGGCGACCGGGAGCCUCCUCUCAAAAAGACGAAGUUUUCCUCGCCGGAGCCCGCCGCCCUCUGCGUGGCUGUGAAUGGAGACCACGCCGCUGUGGGUUACCACGGAGACGGCAUCAGGCUCUUCAGCCUCCACUCAGGCGUACAGAUCUGGGCCUCCGGGGACCUGGCCGUUUCGGUGGGCUGCCUGCUGUGGAUCACUGUGGACACAGAGCAGGUUGAGCUGGAGCUGCUGGUGUCUGGAGGGACUGACAAGCGUCUGAGGGUGUGGAAGAGAAAAGAGGGGGACGAUGGGCUGAUGGGAGACCUGAUCUGUAUGCGAGUGUUUGGGGUGCAAAGUGGCGCCAUCCUGGCUCUGGCUCAGAACGCCACCUACCUGGCAACUGGCUCAGAUGACUUCACCGUCGUGCUGUGGUUGCUGAGCGAUCUGACCCGUGAGUGUGCGACCGACCAACACGCCGUGCUGAGGGGCCACAAAGGAGGCGUCACCUGUCUGGCUUUCAGCCCCGAUGGGGCCCAGCUUUUGUCUGGAGGAAAAGAUAAGGCUCUGAUGGUUUGGGAUGUGGGUUCGUCUCCUCCUGCUGUUUCCAAGUCGCUCCCUCAUGCUCACAGAGACUGGAUCACAGGCUGCGUUUGGACUCCAGACUGUGUGAUAAGCUCUUCGAAUGAUGGGAGGCUUUGUUUGUGGGACCUGGUGGCAGAUCAGUGUCUCAGAGAAAUCUCCUGGAGGAGUCAACUCACCUCUGUCUGCUGUCUGGGGAAGCACGUAAUUGCCGGCUGCUCAGAGGGAGAGCUUCAUGUUUGGAACUGGGAAACCAGCACAGAGAUCUGCCACAUCUCUGCCCACAAGCAGCGCGUGGAGCACUGCUCUCUGCUCCCAGACACCGACAAGAAGAAGGAAGUGAAGCCAGAGGAAAUGAGUGUUUUCACAGCGUCUGAGGAUGGCACCGUGAGGCUCUGGAAGCCCUUACAGGUGGAGCACCUCUGCACCUUCCAGGGUCACAGCGGAGCCGUUCACGGGGUCACUCUAAAGAAAGGAGUCCCAGAGUUCCUCACGGUGUCCGAGGACCGCUCUCUCCGGUGCUGGACCUGGACGACAGAGAGCUCUUCAGACCUGAGGAGCUCCAUCUCAGCUUUGUGCUUCUCUCAUUCCGGUGACUUGCUGCUGGCUGGUUAUGAAUCCGGUCUGCUGGAGCUAUGGCAGCAUAACGAAGUAGUCGGCUUCAAGCAGGCAUCGGCCAGCCCCAUCCUAGCAGUCUGCCCCAUGCCUGGCGGUCAGUUCGCCGUCAGCUACAUGAACAACAUGGUGGUCGAUGUGUGGAAGGUGGUCUGGAACCGGCAACGCAGCAGAGCCAGUCUGGUGAAGCUCAUCUCAUACUCGGUGAAGUACUCAAUGGUGCGCCUCUUCUACUGCUCGCUGCUGAUCGGCUUGAGCGACGUUGGAGCACUUUAUCUUAUCAAGACUUAUGACGAGGAGAGCAGUUGGCAAGAUUCAAACUCUGACUGGGAAAAUGAGGUGGUAAUUCGAGGGGUGAUCAGUAAUGACGAGAAGAGCGUGUGGCUGGUGGGGAAUUCAGACAAAGACAUCCACGUCGGCUUCAUGUUUGCAUUAGGCAGAGAAACUAGCAUCUAUUCAGCUUUCAGCAGAGUGACCAUGAAGUGCGGAGAGGACGAGCAGAACAGAAGCUUUAUAACAGCUGUAACUUUGGACAAAGACUUUGUGGUGUGUGGAGACAUGGACGGAAACAUGUGGUUCAAUCAGGAUCCAGACAUCUCCUCAUGGAGCAAAAGAAAACCUGCUCACACUGACAGAAUCAGCGAGCUGAGACUCACAGAAAGCACCAUCAUCUCCGCCUCCUACGACCGCACCGUGAAGCUGUGGGACAGAAAUACCAAGAAACAGCUGGGAAUGUAUGUGUGCGGAGGCCCAGUUCAGAUUCUGGAGGUGAACCCACUAAAACCCACAGAGCUGGUUUGUGUUGAUGGACAGGGGAAGCUUUACUUCCUCUGCUGGAAACAGUAGCCCUUCCUUUAUUACACCCUAUAGCCUGAAUGGAAAUAUACCUCAUUAUCAUUGCAUGUACCAACGAUUGUAUGAGAUAGUUUUUGUUUUAUUGUUUUUUUUUCAUUUAUUAAAAGCAAUAAUGUGUUUAAAAGGGAAUCCGGGGCCCAGAUUUAUGAGGAUUUUUGUUUUUACAGGUGCCUUAUUUUAGGUUAUGUGAAAUGUUUGAUUCAGAAAGUGUUCAAAGUAAUGUACACUUCAAAUAUCGUGCAAUAUUAUUAUUUUUUAAAUUUUUCAAGCAUGAAAUGGCAAAAAAUCAGAGAGAGGAAUGAAUGAUUUCUUUCCCCUGUCCUUUUCCCAAUAAAUUUGGUUAAAACUC